GACAUCAUGAACAACAGCCACAAUCAAAACCUGUUCAGCGGUAACAGAAACAGUUUUAAUGUCACAAACUCGAAUACCAAUACCUACCAUUUCACAACCGUCAGCAACGAAGAACAACAGAUCCUUUUAUGGCUAUCACCAUUGGAGUCAUGGGAGAGGCACAGAGAUUUUGCUUGUACCCGUACUCGGGGUGUAGGAAAGUGGGUACUGCAAAGUAGCCAAUUCCGAGCAUGGCAGGGUGGGGGUGGCCGGUCGGACAGGGUCCUGUUUUGCCAUGGUGCCCCUGGAGCGGGGAAGACUUUUAUUUGGUAGGAUUCAUAAGCCAGGAUACACUCUAAUCACUGCUCACCCGAGAGUAGCUCUUUAGUUAUUGAUACGCUAUGCGAUGAGACUGCAGAACUGGGUGUUGGAGUUGGUUGCCUUUACUGCGAUUACCGUGGGCAAAAUGAGCAAACGGCAGAAGCAAUGGUUGGGAGCCUCUUGAGGCAGUUCGUGACGGCAUUGCAGGAGAUCCCGGGUCCGGUCACGGGGGCCUUCCGAGUGGCAAAGACUCAACUCGGAGGAUGGGCGCCAGAGCUUGCGAAGCUUACCCGUGGCUUUAGCAGUCGCAGGGAGAUUUCCCCGCCCACUAAAAAACUCCGCUUGUAGAGAGAGCUUGGCGUGUAGAAUUUUCAGUA